CAACCAUGCGCGUCCUGUUUUCCGCCUCAAGCAAGCUUCUUCUUCGCGAGAGCUGCGUCUACUGCUCAUUCACUUUAGUUUGCGAGCUUGGUUCAGCGCCUGGUCGCGAUCUUAUCCGUGAUCAUCUCGGCCAAGCCGUGAGUUGUAACUUUAAUCAUGGCCUAUAAGGAUACUGGCAAGCCGGUGGCUGAAGAGGCUGUAAUUCACAAAAUCCGAAUUACGCUAACUUCCCGCAAUGUGCCGUCUCUUGAGAAAGUGUGCUCUGAGUUGGUUGGUGCCGCUAAGGAUAAAAACCUGCGCGUGAAGGGACCAGUCCGCAUGCCCACCAAAACUCUUCGUAUCACCACACGUAAGACUCCUUGUGGUGAGGGAUCUAAGACUUGGGAUAGAUUUCAAAUGCGCAUUCACAAGCGUAUCAUUGAUCUCCAAAGCCCAGCUGAGAUUGUCAAGCAGAUCACAUCUUUCUCAAUUGAACCUGGUGUGGAGGUUGAAGUUACCAUUGCUGACGCCUAAACGUCACCUUGUGCCUACUUGUUAUAUGUUGAAAUGUGGCAAGUCAAUAAAAGGCAUAUAAAAAC